CCUUUUCCCAUCCAUAGUCCACGCUAGGCCCCGUCGAGUCUUUCCCUCCAUUAAUUUCGGGGAAGCCCGUAGAUGUUUCGUAACCACGGUCCAAGUUGACGUCUUCUCGUUUUCCAGAAGCCUCAUUUUUUAAGCCGGGAAGGUUAUUGGCCGCUGUUCUGCGGAUCUUGAUUGUUAUUUGGCCAGUCUUUGAUCCUUGAUCGCCGGCGGCGACUGGGGUUGAAGCUCAGUCAUGGCGUCUCAGGCUUACCUCGACAAGAUGCAGCUCCGGCAGAGUUACCGGAACCUAUGGCAUACCGAUCUUAUGAGCACUAUCAAGGCUGAUUUCCCUUUUUGCUGUCUGGCGCUAUGGUGUGGACCAUGUGUGUCUUACAUGCUUAGAAAACGAGCUCUUUAUAAUGAUAUGUCAAGAUAUGUCUGCUGCGCUGGUUAUUUGCCAUGUAGUGGCAAGUGUGGAGAGAGUAAAUGCCCCGAGCUGUGUCUUUGCACUGAAGUCUUCCUCUGCUUUGGCAAUUCGGUGGCUUCCACCCGCUUCUUGCUUCAAGAUGAGUUUAAUAUACAGACUACGCAAUGUGAUAACUGCAUCAUUGGAUUUAUGUUCUGCCUUCAGCAAGUCGCUUGCAUUUUUUCUCUUGUAGCCAUGAUUGUUGGUAGUGAUGAACUUCAAGAAGCUUCUCAGAUACUGAACUGCCUCUCAGACUUCGUUUACUGCACGGUCUGUGCUUGCAUGCAGACACAGCACAAGGUCGAAAUGGAUAAGAGAGAUGUAAAGUUUGGGCCACAGCCAAUGAUGGCCGUUCCCCCAGCUCAACAGAUGUCCAGAUUUGACCAACCUGUACCACCUUCGGCUGGCUAUCCUCCUCCACCAGCUUAUGGUUACCCUCCUCCACCUCAGGCUCCAUAUGCGGGCUACCCUCCAGCUGCUUAUCCUCAAGCUGCUUAUCCUCCACCUGGAUAUUCUGGUUAUCCGAAGUAAAUGGUGAGAUUACCUGUUAAGCUCUGGUUUCAUGCCUUUAAUGUCUGUUGGGGUUUUUUUUUGGCGUAAAGAUGUUUUCCAUUUUUCCUUGGUGGAAUUUUUCUCUUAUUAUACAUUGUUUUAGCAGUGCAGAAGGACUAAUUGACAUUGCAGCAUCAAUUGUGUGCAAAACAUAUAGUUGCUAUGAAGAUUUUAAGAAGAUGGACGCUGUUUAUUUUGCACUUCUGAUUGUUUAUUGCGAUGUAUUUGGCUUGAAGUUAGUUGGAUUUUUUUUGUUUGUUUUAAUUAAAACGCAUCUAGCACUUGUUGGAAUCGAUGCUUAGAUUUUGGAAAA